AAAGGGGUACGCAUGCGCAAAGAGACAACUCCGCUGACAGAUUGGCGGCGGCGGCGGCCCUGACCCUGGGCUGCAGGGAAUGGGAGUUCUCGGUCUCUGAGCACCGCCCCCGCCUCCCUGCCCCCGACAUGGCCCAGGAGAAGAUGGAGCUAGACUUGGAGCUGCCUCCGGGUACGGGUGGGAGCCCGGCGGAGGGCGGCGGCGGGGGCCUCAGGAGGUCUAACAGCGCCCCCCUGAUCCACGGCCUCAGUGACACUUCGCCGGUGUUCCAGGCCGAGGCGCCGAGCGCCAGGCGGAACAGCACAACGUUCCCGAACCGCCACGGCUUGCUGCUACCGGCCUCCCCCGUCCGCAUGCACAGUAGCCGAUUGCACCAGAUCAAACAGGAGGAGGGGAUGGACUUGAUCAACAGAGAGACGGUCCACGAGCGCGAGGUGCAGAACGCAAUGCAGAUAAGCCACUCCUGGGAAGAAAGUUUCAGCUUGAGUGACAACGAUGUGGAGAAAUCCGCCUCCCCGAAGCGCAUCGAUUUCAUUCCGGUGUCACCAGCACCAUCACCCACCCGGGGAAUUGGGAAGCAGUGUUUUUCGCCAUCCUUACAAAGUUUUGUGAGUAGCAAUGGAUUGCCUCCAAGCCCUAUUCCAAGCCCAACGACCCGAUUUACUACCCGGAGAAGCCAGAGUCCCAUCAAUUGCAUUAGACCAAGUGUUCUCGGACCACUGAAAAGAAAAUGUGAAAUGGAAACUGAGUAUCAGCCAAAGAGAUUUUUCCAGGGCAUCACCAACAUGCUUUCUUCUGAUGUUGCACAGCUGUCAGAUCCUGGUGUGUGUGUAUCUUCUGAUACCCUUGAUGGAAACAGCAGCAGUGCCGGAUCUUCCUGUAACUCACCAGCGAAAGUCAGUACUACCACCGACUCUCCUGUGUCGCCUGCCCAAGUGGCCUCUCCGUUUAUUCCAGUAGAUGAACUUUCAUCUAAGUGAUUUCACCCACCCAUCCUGAGACUCGGUAUUUUUUUUUUUUUUUUGCAAUGGAGAGAAAUCAGUUGGAACAGGCACUGAACUUUGUCGAUUAAUUUGAGGCUAUUUCCUAUAUGACCCUUUUCCUUUUUUGGAAUUUCCUGAAAUGUUUUGUUUUAGAGAACUUUUAUGUCAGGUUUGUGCGGAUGUCCUUGAAUUCAGUGUAGUAAUAUUUUCAGACGUUUUUCCAAUAAGUGUGUUGAAGCAUACAUCUUUAUGCUGCUAAUAUGUCUAAAUACAUAUGUUAACCCUUGAUUUUUUUAAAUAAUUGAGAGCUCUAUUUAUUUAUGGGAUUAUUAAGUUCUGAUGCAGAUACAAAUGUUGAAUUUAUCAGCAUAGUAAACUGGUGUUUUAAAAUUCCAUACUUCAUACCCACACUAAUUUUUAGUUAUUUUCAGUGAUUCCUAAUUUUAUUUGAUGAAGAACAAUGACUUGCCUAUUUACAGCUAUUUUUUAAAAUGUUAGUUAUAUCAAUCCAGUGGUUGUAUGUUUUACCCAGGAAUCCUUGGAUAUUUAAAUUUCUGGGUACAGAAGUGGAUGGGAGGGGGAAUGACAGAACAAAAUAUAAAUGUUUGCAACAAAUCUUUUAAAAUUAAAUAUAUAGAAGUAAACAUUUAAGAAAAACAUUUUUAAUGAAAUUGUAAUAGUUCUAAUAGUUGUACUUACACUCUAAUAAGUAUAUAGCUACUAUACAGAAAAUUUAAAAAAGAAAAAAUUUUUUAACCAGAAAGUGCAUUCUCUUGGGUAUAAUCCUAAAGUGAAAUGGGACAGUGCCUUGCAGUCUUAGCCCACUAUACAUAGGCUGAGGCCAGGUUCUUUGUACCACUGCAAACUUAAAAGUUUUUCAAAUGUAGAAAAUGUGUGGGAAGCCUUGUUGAACUUCGGCAGAACACCAGGCAGAUAAAACUCUCUCAGUCAUUGAUAUGCUUUAAAAUCCAUUCGUGCCUCAGUGAGAAUCCUUGCCAAUGAGGAGCCAGAGCAGCUUUUGGCUGCUUUUCUGCUGUGCUCAUCUGUCACCUUCCUGGUUUUCCCUGGCUCAGGAAGGAAGUAACUGUUUCCUUGCCAACAGGUCCUUCCUCUCCACCUCCCACCAAACUAGGGCAUCAUCAGUUAAACAAAGGUACAGUGUGACUUGGAUUUCUGACAGCAAGCAGCAACAGGACUGUGUAAUUAUUUCAGGAACCUCUGUGGUUAAAGCUAUAGCUGGAGUUGACUGCCUUGGGGAUGUCAACUAAUUAAGGGUCAAUGACUUGCAAGAGAAAAUCAGUGGAGAGUCACAUAGGUAAAUCAUUAUUUAACUUUGAUUUUGUUAAAGGUAGAAUUGUAAAAUGUUCUUUGCCUUUUACAACUAAGACAAAAUACGAAAAUAUUUAAUAACUGUUUUUUUAUAUUAUGCUUCCUUAUUAUGCCUCUUACAUCUUCCUUUACUAAGUAGAUUGAUAGCUAUGGAUAGACAGAAGAAUGGCAGACAAAAGGGGAAGGGGAAAAAUACAAAAGACUGAAAUCAAGACCAAGACAAAAGCUCCGGCCUACUUUUUUAAGUUUUUGCCUACAGAGACUUUAACCUUAUGUGGAAUUUUGAUAACUAUGAGAAUAAAUGGAACUGGUCAACUUUAACAGUUGCCUCAAGAAUUCAGUGAAAUUAUAUCAAGGGUAAAAUUGUGUCCAUAGGCUUAAAAUUCUCUAUUCUGAGCAAUAGUGUUCGUGUACUCCAGUUCUUUCCUUAUUCCUCAAAUUCAAACCUGUAUAUGCAACUUACUGCUUCCAGAGGUACUUCACCUCAGUAUCUCCAAAACAUAAUUAAUUAUCUUCUCAUCGAACCUGUUCCUGAAUUACCUAAAUUGAUGUCAUCACUAUCUAAUUUUCUCAACCAGAAACCAGGGGAAGCAUCUUUGAUUUUCCCCUUUCCCUAUCUGUCACAUCCAACUUAAUCACUAAGUCCUGUCUACUUCUGAAAAGAAUCUCAAAUCUGUGUCUCUGUUGACCCUGAGUUAUCCAGCCUAAGUGAUCUCCCAGUCUAUUUUCUUCCCCUCCUUUUGGCCCAGUCUUCAUAUUGCCUUUAAUGUGAUCUUUCUAAAAUGUAAACUUCAUUGUUUUCACCCUUCUGCGUAAGAACUUUAUGUGCUUUCCCCAUUUUUUUACAAUACAGGGAAUACUUUCUUUAGCUUAAUGUAUAAUAAAGUCCUUCAUGAACUGGCCAUACUCUAAAACUGUGUUAAUCCUCUGCUCAUUCUAUCUUAAUAGACAUUCUUCCUCCUCUGCAAAUGCUAGGCUACUUGAUACUCUUUAAAUAUGCCAUGUACUGUCUUGUGUUUGUAUGUUUGAGUAGAUUGUUCCUUCUUCCUAAAAUGCCAUUCCUAUCCUUUUCAUCCAAGCAAAUGCUUUUUUUAUUGCAUGUAAAUUUAACUAUGAAAUAAUGUAUACGUGCUGGUUAUAAAAAUAUUCAAAUAAUGCAGAUAUCUAUACAGUGAAAAGUGAAAGUCUGCCUUUUACUAUGUAAAAUUCAUUCUCAUGGGUAAUAUCUGUUACUAAUUUGGUAUAUAUUGUAACAAGAUGUUUUACUUUGCAUUCCCAUGUAUAUAUGUAUAUAAAUUCAGGAAACCAA